AUGAGCCAUUUUGUAACGAGUGUGUCCGAAGAGCUUGAAGAAGAAUAUCGUGCAGCAAUGCUUCAUGACAAUAUGGAUAUUUCUAGGUUGAUUGUUCAUGCUCAACAGGUUGAGGAAAGUCGUCUAAGGGCAAAGUCGUUUGAAAGUGGUUCUUCUAAGAGUAGGCUUGAUGUUCAGGACAAGCCUAAGUUUAAGAAGGGAGGUUCUAAUCCUAAACCUCGAAAAGGGAGAAAUGUUGUUCCACCAAAAGAGAGACCAACUUGUGGUAAGUGUGGUAAAAAACAUGUGGGUGAAUGUCUUGUUGGAACUAAUAGUUCCUAUGGUUGUGGCAACGGUGGACAUAUGGUGAAAGAUUGCCCUUAUUUGAGAAGGCAAGGCAAGGAGAAUGGUCAAGCUCAACCAAGUGGUCCUAGUUCUGAUGCUCCAAAAAGGAACCGUUUCUAUGCACUGAAGCCUAGGGGUGAACAAGAAAUCUCUCCCGAUGUUGUGACGGGUGCUACUCUUUAUUUUGUUACUCAUUUAGUAGCUAGGAAGUUUGAUGUAAUUCCCGAUGUUUUCAUUGCACCCUUUUUGAUUUGUAUCCCAAUGGCUGACUCUGUUGUUGCAAAAAGAGUAUAG